UGCUCUCUCGCUCUGGCUCCGUGGUUGAGUCUGCCUCCCCACCCGCCUCGCCUCACCAGCUCGCUGAUAUUGGCAGAAGAGGCACGUAUCCAGCCGCCCACACUCAUACCCCCAACGGUGCUGCAGCUGCUGCUGGAAGCGGCCGUUACUAUGAGGACUAUGGCGACAGUAGUCGAGGGAUGGGGGGAGACGCUCGGGGAGGAGGUGGAGGUGGUGCCGGUGGUGGUGGGAUGCGGGGUGGGAUGAUGGGGGGAAGUGGGCAAUAUGCAGUGGAGCCUCCAGGGUUCAGGGUUUACUGA